AUGUCCAUGAACCAGGCACAAGCACCGCGUAACUGUGUGAGCUGCAAGGAACGCAAAGUCCGUUGUGACCGUCGACGUCCGUGUUUCAACUGCACCAAAGCCGGUCGGGAAUGUGUCUUUCCAACUACCGGUCGCAUACUACGACAGCCGCAACGCAUGAGGCGGGAACCCAUGGUUCGAAGUGAGAAGGAGAUUGAUCUCAUGGAUCGUAUCCGUCGGCUGGAGAAUGUGGUGACCACUUUGCGCGGUGCAAGCCAAACUGAACAGGAUGAAGACUUCACCAACAGUGAGAUGUCAGUUAGUGACGACAUGGAACAGGGUGAGGCUAUUGCGUCUUCUUCAGCAACAUGGCGGCGUCACUACACGCCUUCAAAUGACUCGGCAGAUAUCGGUGUCAUGGUUGGCAAAGAACGAGGGAGACUCUACGUCGGCGAUGGCUUCUGGGCAGAUAUGCAACAAGAGGACCUUAUCCAAUAG